AUAAAUUGUGCAAUUUGUUUUCUUCUUGGUCGAUAAAAUUAGUCAUCUUGAAAAAUUAUAAUUUGAUUACGAAGUUUCUUCUAAUGCGUAUUGGUUAUAUUGCAUAGUUUUGAAUCUUGUUUUAGUUAAAGUGUUCAUUUAAAAACUCAGUUGGCAUGGGUGCUGUACUGGGACUAUGUUCCGCAGCUCAGCUGGCAUGCUGCUGCGGCAGUGCUGCAUGCUCGCUGUGCUGCUCAGCAUGCCCCUCGUGUGCCAACUCCACCUCCACACGCAUCAUGUACACUGUCAUGCUGCUUCUGGUCAUGGUGGUGGCCUGCAUCACUCUUGCACCAGGAUUACAUGAUCAAAUGAAGAAGGUACCAUUUUGUGCAAACUCAACAGGACUAAUGCCAGGCAGCUUCCAAGUUGAUUGUGAUCAAGCUGUUGGCUAUCUAGCAGUUUAUAGAAUCUGUUUUGCAACAUGCCUCUUCUUCUGCUUAAUGGCAUUAAUUAUGAUUGGUGUGAAAUCAUCAAAGGACCCCAGAGCUGGUAUACAAAAUGGGUUCUGGGGUAUAAAGUACCUAAUAGUGAUUGGUGGCAUCAUAGGAGCCUUCUUUAUUCCGGAGGGGUCUUUUGCUUCAACUUGGAUGGUGUUUGGAAUGAUUGGCGGCUUUUGCUUCAUUGUCAUACAACUGAUAUUAAUUAUUGAUUUUGCCCAUUCAUGGGCGGAAAGAUGGGUUUCAAACUAUGAAGAGACACAGUCCAAGGGCUGGUACUCGGCGCUGUUGUUGGCUAUGUUGUCGUGCUAUGCGCUUACACUCACUGGCAUUGUAUUGCUCUACAUCUAUUAUACUAAGUCGGACGGAUGUGAUUUGUCAAAAUUCAUUAUCUCGUUCAAUCUUAUCUUGGUGGUGAUCGCGAGUGCCAUCUCGAUCCUGCCCUCGGUGCAAGAGCACCAGCCUCGCUCAGGUCUCCUGCAGUCUGCUGUAGUGUCCCUCUACGUGAUGUACCUGACCUGGUCAGCACUCUCCAACUCCGCUGCAGAAUGUAACGCCAGCUUCGUUGGUGACAAACAGGAGUCUAAAGAAGAUCUCUAUUGGUCAUCAUUCGAUAAGCAGUCUAUCAUUGGGCUCGUGAUUUGGGUGCUCAGCGUCCUGUACUCGAGCAUUCGCACAGCGUCCUCUUCGUCGAAGAUCACUAUGUCUGAACACAUUCUUGCUAAGGAGGGCAGCGGAGGUCAAGGAGGGCUCAUUGCUAACGAAGAGGGCGACGGAGGCGAGGCCGGCCGCGAGGAGACCAAGGUGUUCGACAACGAGGGCGAUGACGUGGCUUACUCCUGGACCUUCUUCCAUGUCGUGUUCGCGCUCGCCACGCUGUAUAUCAUGAUGACACUCACCAAUUGGUACAACCCGAGUUCUCAGCUGUCGAAGGAGAAUGUGGCGUCCAUGUGGAUCAAGAUCACAUCGUCGUGGCUCUGCGUGGGCCUCUACGUGUGGACCCUGGUCGCGCCCGCAGUCUUCCCCGACCGCGACUUCAGUUAAGAACAUAAUGGUGGAAUUAUAUUUAUCUGUCGUGUAAGCGUGUCCCGUCGACACGUGUGGCUAGACUCAGACUAAUUACACAAGGAUCCAGUAUCGCUAGACGGUACUUUCUGUUAAAGUACAUGAUCAAUGAUCUAAUGCGAUUAAAAACUGACAAUAGAAUCGAUGUUUCAUAGUUGUAAUCGUGGUCGUUGGUUAAGAAAAAUACCUUUUUGUAUAGUUGAAUGGUGUUAAAGACAGUCAACAACUUCUAGUUUAGUAUAAUACCUCGAUUUCCUCAAAAAAUUACAAUUUUGUUCGUGAAUUUGGGUGCAAUACUGGUUCUUAUGUAAUUAGUCUGAGGAGCAAAAAAAUAUGUGAAUGCUCCCAUACCAAAUGUAAGAAAUUUAUUACAUUCUGAUGGGUCACAACACAACAUGUUAGAUAAAUAUAAUUCAGGCUUAACAUUCAGUUCCAUCUUUAACACUUGAGAUUCACGUAGUCUGUGCGUAGUUUUCAUUAUUCGUGUUUAUGGAUCUCAUCAUCCAAAAUCUUUAAAAUUGCAUUUUACUUAAUAAAUGUUUUGAAUUUUUAAAAAUAAUCUCGCGUCGCAAUUAUAUUGUUAAGCUUUAAUGUUUAUAUGCAAUCUUGUUUGGUUCUUAAAUGCUCUUAACAAUGGAAAUCAAAUUAUAUGUCACAUAGAAACUGGUCAUUUUCUUCUUAUACAUCAAGCACACAAUUAAAUACUGUUAAUUCUUCACUUGCACUUAACUUAAUUAAAAGGGAAUUCAAUACAUGUAUUUAUUUAAUCAUCUCAAUAAAUAACUAAUAAAUGCAAUUAUUCUUUCUGUACAAUAUUGUCUAAUUCUUUCUCAAUUAUCUCUGUCCUCUUUCUGUUAUAGGAGAUGUUUUUUAAUGAUUGUAAACUUUAUUAAUUGUGCCAGUUUUUGUUUCGUGAUCUAACCGAAUUGAACCAAAAGCUUUAAUGGUGCAUCUUUGUAAGACCAACAAGUUGUAGUUAAUGUGUUAAUUGUAAACAAAUUAUUUUCCUUUAUAUGUGCUAAGUAAAGUUAUUAGUUUAUAGCCAAA